GGAUACUAGUUUCUGUAUAUAGCCCAUAAUUUUUGACUUAUACUUAGGCUAUACAACAAGUAAACUCAAAGACUUUUUCAUACCAAAAAAACAGUUACCUUGACUUGUUACUCUUCUUUUCCCACGUUUUAUGUUUUUCGGUUUGAAAACAAAUAGGCAUCAUUCAACAACUUUGAAUUAAAACUUGACUUUGAGGUAUCAAAGAAAGACAAUGGAAGUGAAGCUAGAAGAGACCGGAAGAGAAGUGAUCAAGCCUUCUUCACCUGCACCUCAUGACCGCCUUCAACUUUCCUUGUUGGAUCUCACCUGUCCAGCCAUUUACGUUGCAACCACCUUCUUGUACAAAUCCACAGCCAGAGAGUCACCGGAGAUCAUAUCCCGGAGGCUGAAAACCUCUCUGUCCGAGACUCUGUCACGUUUCUACCCUCUAGCUGGACGACAAGAAGGCCUCUCUAUAUGCUGCAACGACGAAGGAGUGAUCUUCACUGAGGCACGAACCGAUCUCCUUCUCUCAGAUUUCCUGAGAAACCUCAGUACAGACUCUCUUGCAGCAUUCCUCCCCGAGAUCGAGGAGGGAGAAUCUGCUGGGACGUGGCCGUUGCUGAGAGUCAAGGUCAGUUUGUUCGGGUCAGGAUCUGGAGUCGCGGUCACUGUUGGCAUCUCUCACCAGAUUUGCGACGCGACCUCAUUGUUGACCUUCGUACAAGCCUGGGCGGCUACAGCAAAAGGGACUACAACAUCAACAUGUACUCCUCACUUUGCAGGAGCCACAAUAUACCCUCCUCCAGAUACCUCCUUCAAGUCUCCUUCUAUCGAUGACGUUUACGAGCUUCAAGGAAAAUGUGUAACCAAUAGACUCGUCUUCAAAUCCUCAAAGAUCGAUGAGCUUAAAUGCAAGGCGGCUAGCGAAAGCGUCCGGGCACCUACGCGCGUGGAAGCCAUCAUGUCGCUUAUUUGGAGAUGUGCUGCAAACGCCUCACGGUCUAACUCGUUAUCCCCAAAGUCAACGGUUAUGACUCAAGCGAUGGACUUGAGGCUUAGGAUCCCCUCUAAUGUUUUGCCACAAGACUCCAUAGGGAAUCUACAAACUUGUUUCUUUGUCAAGAAAGGGGCAGAGAGCGAGUUAGAGAUCGACGAAAUGGUGGCUGACUUUAGAAAGACCAAAGAAGAAUUCAGCGAGAUGAUCAAAGAAAAUCUCCAAGGGUGCGAUAAUGAUACUACUAACAUCACCACCACCACACUUGGCCAGAACUUGCUGACUGUAAUGGGAGAUUUUGUGUCGGAGUGCUACAAACCGGACGUAGACUUAUACACAAUGUCUAGCUGGUGUAAGAAGCCUUUCUACGAGGUUGAUUUCAGAUGGGGUAAUCCGGUCUGGAUGGGACCUUCUUCACAUACCGUCUACGAUAACAUGGUGUUCGUGGUUCUGAUAGAUUCAAAGGAUGGUGAAGAUGUCGAAGCUUGGGUGGGCUUACCCGAACAAGACAUGCCUGUUUUCCUAUGUGAGCAAGACUUGCUUGCUUAUGCCGUCCUAAAUCCUCCGGUGUUGAUCUAAACAAGAAUCCAACCAGUAAGUAACAUCUCAGUUUAUGGAGGAAAGCUGUCCUUGAUAUCUAAAUAAAGCUAUAUGUCUGAUUUAAUAGAUUGUUGUGAUUUUGCAUUUCUGUGAAAUGGUUUGUGUUUUAUGUUGUCUUUUUGGUGCGUUUAAAACUUUAAUAUUGUGUGUACUCAUAUGGUUUAUUAUGUGUGUUGCCGCCUUGCUUUCGCCAAUUAUGAAUAACGCUUUAGUAAUACUUUAGUAAUAUACUGAGAUAGUCAAGCAUAUUUACCACUACUGAAGUGUUUUUUUUUUUUUUGGUCAAACAUUACUUCAUUAACUUAAACGUUUAGAACUCCAUUAGAGGAGGAGGUGUUACAACAUAGGAAGGCAUCACAAGCCAAAGAGUUUGCCAUAACAUAAGCACAACAACAAGAUAAAUGAGCAUAUAAAGCAACAAAGGAAAAGAUAAGGGAUCGAAUAGCGAGUAAGAUCCGGUGAACAUCGAAUGACCAACUCUCUGAAAGAAGGUUAGUGAGUUCUUGACAGUCUACCUUGUAGACAAGCUUAGAGAUACCUAUUGAUAUGAUCACAACUAGUGCAACCAACAGGGUUAGACACACUGCAACAAAGGCAGAGAGGUCAUAAAUCCGAGAGGUAAAACCUUGUAAUACCGGUGAGUCUUGAGUAUCCAAAUACGAGUUCGUACACGAACUAAUGAAACGGAAGACUUCCAUUGACGACACAAUGCUCCCUGCAAAACUAUCACCCAACCCAAGGGAAAGAUUUUGAAGGUAGGUAGGAUCCAUAACGGAAAACACUAGGCUAUCACAGCCCAAACUACUUCGGUUCAAUGUAAGGAAGCAACUACUAUCACAUUUCUUUCCCAGCUGCCACGAAUGGGGAGAAAAUAACAACAAUGCAUCCACUUGGUAGAUAUUUUUAUUUAACUCUUUAGAAAAUAACAAAAGAGUUACAUAUUUUUAAAUUGAUAUAGUUUAAGAUUCACUUGGUAGAUAUUUUUAUUUAAUUCAAUAGAACAUUUUGUAGGUUUUUAAUAGUUUUAAAAUUUCUUAAUAUUUUUUACUAUAAUACAUUUUAUAAAAAAUAGGUCAACGUAAUUUAUAUAUAUAUAUAAUUUUUUUUAACAUAUGAUUUGCAAAACUAAUUUUAUUAAUUUUUUUCAAAAUUUUGAAACUAUAUAAUGUAAGAUGACAUAGUACAAUAUGUUUAAAGAUACAAUAUAUACCAACUCAUUUAAUAAUUAAUAUAUAAAUAUUGUAAAUCCUGAGCAUAAAAUAUAGUGUAUAACAUCCCCUAUAUAUUAAAAGAGAAACAUUACAACAUAUUUUGUAUCCACAU